CCGUGAUAUCCUGAACUUUCUUCCUCGAAGAUGGUGCUUGACACCAAUGACUUCCACCAUAAGUCCCAGUAGUGACACCCGCAGCCAGGUUAUCUCCACCUACCACGACCAUCCCAGAUUCAUUUGUUUAAGCUGUUCAGCGGUGCUGGCAUUGCAGGAUGAACUUAUUAGCAAGUCUUUCUCAGGCAGAGAAGGAAGAGGCUUCCUCAUGCACUCAGUAACCAAUGUGAAAUUGGGAAAGAAAGAGGAUCGACCACUUCUCACAGGUGUCCACACCGUAGCUGACAUCUUCUGCAUGGGGUGCAAUGACCGUGUUGGAUGGUAUUAUCAUAAGGCAGCCGACUUAUCUCAGAAGUAUAAGGAAGGAAAGUACCUUCUUGAACGCGAGAAGAUAGUGAAGGAGAAUAACUGGAAAUUGGAUCAAUGAGCUGUGACCCUGCAAUCAUUCUUGAAACAGGUGGAGUUUGUGUAAAUCGCUAUACUAACACGAUUGUCAUGAAAAUGUACUCUACAUCAAACAGGCAUGGCAGGUGGCCCGGUAUUGAUUGCAGUGUCUUUUGCUGUUUGUGCAUGAUGACAUCAACUCUCUGAACGUGCACAUUUCACUGAGCAACGUUGCGGUGACAACAAAUGUAUGGUCGCACGUCCAUUCCCGCAUUGCUAGUUCUUUCAUGCGAAUUCACCCAUUCAAAUCAACACGACGAAGAGGUAGCCUCAAUAUAUCAUGCGUAUUCACUAUUAUUGUUUAGCCAGCUUCAAGCUAUCUACGCUUCUACCUGUGGGAAAACAUUUUGUCGUGUAGG